AUGUUAAGUUGCGCCUCCCCCGCCGGCAUGCCGCCCGCUCCGCACUCCACACACUCCCAAACUUGGGGCUCAUUGCUCCAGCCACCCCCAGCUAUCAAAUCCGAGCCCAUGGAUGAGGGGAGCUUCUCAAAAGAACAAACGAGUGGAUUUUACUCGGAAGGCUUUCACAGCGCAUCACCAUCUUCAUCAAGUAAGGAUUCUAAUGGGCACUCACCUCGCAGCGUUGGCAGCGCUGGCGAUCCAGCGCAAUUUUACGACAGCAUGCCGCUAAAAGCCAAAGCCAAUCUUGGUAUGCACCUGGAAAAUUAUCGCAACGGAGUCCCUUACAGUUUGCUCACACCGCCACGUUUCGAACCGCGUGCCAACGACAUACGCGAACGUUCACCAGGAUAUGAAGCAUUUUCCCCCAGAGCAUUAGCUCCACCCGCUCAUGUAUCAACACCUCUUGGGCGAGCAGAUGCAACACCACCCAAAUCACCACCCAGAACUCCAACAUCUCCAGAACGUGACCAUGAAAGGCGAUCUUUUGAACAUUUUCAUGAUUCUGGAUUUGAAAUGCAUGGCAAGCACGACGAUGACGGCCGCGAUGCAUCCGCCUUCGAAGAAGACUUUGAUGACGAACCUGGCCUGCGAGUACCCGCUGUCAAUUCUCACGGAAAAGUUAAAACGUUCAAAUGCAAGCAAUGUGAAUUUGUUGCUGUCACUAAACUUAGUUUUUGGGAGCACAGCAAGGAACAUAUCAAACCAGAAAAGAUGUUGUGCUGUCGCAAAUGCCCUUUCGUCACAGAAUACAAACACCACCUCGAGUAUCACAUGAGGAAUCAUCUUGGUUCCAAGCCGUUCCAAUGUAGUCAGUGCUCAUAUUCCUGCGUCAAUAAGUCUAUGUUGAAUUCGCAUCUGAAAUCACAUUCAAACGUGUACCAGUAUCGCUGUGCGGACUGCAACUAUGCCACCAAAUAUUGCCAUUCCCUGAAACUUCACCUUAGGAAGUAUAAACAUAGCCCUGCUAUGGUUCUAAACGUCGACGGCACACCGAAUCCCUUGCCUAUUAUCGAUGUAUAUGGAACUCGCCGAGGACCAAAACAAAAACCGAUCUCCAAAAUGUUCGAACAGCAACCAAACAUCAAUAACAAUAAUACACCCCAGCCUCCACCGCCUACCCACCCACUAUUCGGAAAUCACUUCCCCGUGAACUUGCCGUAUUUGCCGCCUCUUCUACCUCAUUCGUUCUUAUUCCCACCGAACAACAACUAUGAACAGAGAACAUCGCCUAAACUCUCGGAGAUGCCCAUCGAACAGCAAAACUCUCCUCCGCCUUCAAUUUUACACCAACGACUUUCGUACUCGGAACUACAGACGGACGGGGGAGCUAUAUCUCCGCCGAAAAAAUCACCCGCAAGCGUGGCGCACACGCCUACCGCACGUGCCCCAACUCCAGACGCUCUCGAUCUUACUAAUACAAAAACAAGCGAAGCCGGCUCGCCACCACCGUCUGAGAGACCUACACCUGUGACACCGACUACUUCGAUGAAAAAUAGGAGAAAGGGACCCGCGUUCAAGCUUCAGCCAGCUGCGCUGCGACUUCAGCACGAAGACGAGAAAGGGUGCGAAAUGGAAGGUUCUGAUUGCGAAUCUGAGGGGUCAACUGAGGCUCCACCGACAACAUCGCAUAAUUACCAAUGCCAAUAUUGUGACAUUUCAUUUGGUGACCUUACUAUGCACACGAUUCAUAUGGGUUUCCACGGCUAUAACGACCCUUUUAUGUGUAACAAGUGCGGUGAACGCAGCGCUGACCGCGUGGCGUUUUUCAUUCAUUUGGGUAGAGCACAACAUGCCUAGCUGUAUUACUGUAGAUAAUUUUGUAGUAUUUAGAUAUUAACCUAGUCAAAGCUUACUUGAUGGCCGCUUAGAGGCUUUUAAUAGGUGAGUAGGUAAAAUAAAUAUUUCAUUUAAAUUAUUGUAGAACUUAAUGUUAAAUUACUACCACAUAAAUUGUAAUAUUUUUUUUAAAAUAAGGCCAAAGAUUGCUUGAUUACGCUAUCGCUCCAAUCAAUAGGUAUACAAAUAUACUAUUCGCCAAUUAACAAUGCAAAAAUAGUAA